CGCCCAGGAGGAAGUUACAGAGUUGCAGCCAGGCACCGAUCAGAGACAGAAACACGAGAGAUAAACUAUUAUAACUUGUUAAGACUACAUCCAGAUCGAUCUUUUUCAAGAAACGCUGUUAGUUGUCGUUUUAUUCGAUUGUCCGAGCUGUUCUCUGAAACCCAAAACGCAAUCGCUGGCGGAUCUUGAGAAACUUAAAAUGGAGAUGAAUGGCGGGCUUUUAUCUACUUAGGACUGAAAUGCGUCAAGAUAACAGUGAAAUUCUGAACUUUUAAGCUGCAGUACUUUCUGCUUUGAGUAACGAGUCCUGUGUCUGACCUGCCCUCCGUGGAUCCUGUUAUCAUGACGCCUGACCUACUGAACUUCAAAAAGGGAUGGAUGUCGAAACUGGACAACAGUGGAGAGGUAAAUAUGUGGAAGAAGCAUUGGUUUGUUUUGACUGAUGCUGGACUCAAGUAUUAUAGAGACUCCACUGCAGAAGAGAAAGAUGACUUGGAUGGAGAGAUCGAUCUGAAAUCCUGCACCAAAGUGUCUGAGCUGGAUGUGGAAAAGAACUAUGGUUUUCAGAUACAUACACGGGAGGCGGUGUUCACACUGUCGGCCAUGACAGCUGGCAUCAGGAGGAACUGGAUAGAAGUAUUAAAGAAAUGUGUUCGACCCAGUAGCUCCCCAGACCUCACACAAUUACCAGAUGGCCACAGUGACAAAGAGAACUCCCACGUUCGAUUUUCUCGUCAGUCAUCAGAACAUUCAUCCCACACGCCUUCUUCUCAGAGGAGGUUCGACUAUGUUGAGCUAUCACCUGUUCCCAACUACUCUGCCCCCCCUCCAUCCAAUCAGAGAGAAGCUGGUGAGGGCCAGGGCAGAGAACACAGCCAAUGGCAGGAGGAGAGGAAUACUAGCAGCCAAUGGGAAGCAUUGCUUUCCAGAAAGACUCCUGGUGGAGAGACCAACCAAAGACUUCACAAAGAAGAGGAAAUAGAAAGAAAAUGGGCAGAGUUUGAGCGCCUGCCGCUGAAAGACAUGAGCUCUUUUAAAGCAAUGGGAUCACGGUCCUCUAGCCAGUCAGCCAAUGAGGCGCUGCAGAGGGAGGUGGCGUCACUGAGGCAGCAGCUGGAGAAUCUACAGGGGGGAGGGCGAGGUGGGGGAGGGCAGGGGAAAAGCUGUGGUCCUGAGGCUCCCUGUGGCCGGAGCCUAUCUGCGAUGGAGCGGGCUCAUCGACAGGCACUGGAGGAACUGAAGAGGCAACAUGACAGACAAAUGAGAGAGCUACAGGCAGAGAAGGACAGGCUACUGCUGGAGGAAACCCAGGCCACAGCACAAGUAAUAAAAACUUUGAAAAAGAACCACAAAGAGGAACUGGAGAGAGAAGUGGAGAAAGUCAAGAGACUUGGCAGUGGGGCAGAUUCCCAGACACUGCAGACACAGCUACAAGCAGAAAUACAGUCAUUGCAGAGGGAGUUGGCAGGUUUGUCAGAGCGUUACUCACAAAAGUGUCUGGAGCUAAACAGAGCUGAACAGGACAAUGCUCAGAGAGAAAGAGAGAUCAGCCACAAGGAGAGGGACAUGGAACAGCUGAGGAAAGAGAACCAGUGUGUUUUUCAGGAGUUAAAAAGCCGGAUAGCUGAGGAGAUUAGUCGAGCACAAGCCACUGUUGCACAGCGGGGCUCUGACGACAGAGUCACUACAUCAUGUGAACUAGAGGUUCUUCUCAGAGUAAAAGAAAGUGAGAUUGAAUACUUGCAUAAAGAGAUCAGCUGUUUAAGAAACGAACUACAGUUUCUUAACACGGAGAAACGUCUGGCAUGUGAGCGAUACACCGAAGUGCAUGAGGAGUUAAGUGGGCUGAAGGGUCGAAAUGAGCGAGAGCUCCAGAACCUGAGGGAGCACCUCCGACUCGCAAUGGCCGCCCUACAAGAGGGCCAAAAGUUGGGCAACAGCCUGGAUCACUGAGGGCCUGUGUAUGGUACUAAUACUACUGCAGAUACAGCGGCAGGUGUCGGGAUUCCCAUGCCCUUCACUGCAACAAGAAGAAAUGGAGUAAAGCCGAGCAUCACUGUGUGGCAUACUGUGCUCGCUCUGCGCAGGCUGAAACAGUGCCUUACUUUUUAAUCUCCCUGCCAACACAGUCGCAUAGACUCGUUUUUUUUUACACUGGUUCACAAUUUUUUACUGCACUUUUGUACUUGCUUUGGUCAGUUAAGAAUUGAUUUUGGGGUCAUGACUUGUAUUUGAGUGACAUUUUGAAUGAUCAGGUAAAAUGAUAAAUGUUAAACAAUGUUUUUGAUUCCACAAUCAGGGGUAGCAAGGUCAUCGUAGUUACACAUGAGCUACUUCCAUCUUGUUUAUGUGGAUAUCUGAGCAUCUGCUAUUUAAAAAUCAUUUUGAAAGUCAUACAGAAUGCUGUAUGUAACUUUACAUGGGAAUAUGAAGAAGUGAUUAGUGAAUUAUAGUAAUUGGUACACUUGUAAAGAGCCAAGUGUUUUGAUAAGUGUCUGUUUAAAUACAAAAAAAUAAAAUAAUCAAACCUCUGUUCAUAAAAAUAGACUUAUAAAAAACUCUUAUAAAAAUGUCCCAUUUCAAGUGUCCUCAAUUUCAAAAUAUCUGGCAAAUAGAAAUAUAUUUAAUGUCUUUGUGGGGAUUGCAUUGAUGAGCCAAUUUUAUUGAUAUUUUGUAUUGUAACAAAAUAACGUGUUUUGAACAUUGUUCAUAUUUAAUGUACAUCUAAUGUACCUUAUAUCAACUUUGUAAAUUAUUUGUAUUUUGGAGUCUAUUAAAGAAAAAGUUACUAGGA